UCAGAUAUUUCAUGUGAUUUGUGAACCAUUUAAUAAAGUCAAAUAAAUGUAAUUUGUUCCAUAUAUGCAUUCAUUGCUGUAAUCUGGUUAUCAUUGUUAUAUUCCUAAUGACUUUAUUUUGUAGAAGCUUAAGUGAAAAUGGUACAUGUUAGAAGACAUGAAACAAGGAAAAAUUCUAAAACUCAAGUGCCUGAGCAGAAAUCUCGAGUUGAUUGGAGGCGAACUAAAAGAAAUAGUAUCUCACAGUUAUUAGAUAGUGAUGAAGAGCUUGAGAGUGAUGAAGAUCUGGAGAGUGAAGAGCUUGAGACUGAUGAAGAGCUUGAGAGUGAUGAAAGUGUUGAUAAUAAUGAAGGCUUUGAUAAUGAAGAACUUGGUGGUAACAAGGGGCUUGUUAGUAAUAAAGCACCAGAAAAUAAAAGAGAGUUUAAAUUAAGUAAAGUUGAAAGUGAAGGGAAUGACAGUAAGGAUCUCAUUAACUCUGGCAACAGUUCAACAUAUGAAGAAGAAAUGAACAAAGCAAGACAUAAGAAUGUUGAUUUACCAGAUCAGGAAAAACAUCCAAGUCAAGAGAAUACUGAUCUCAGCACACACACUGGCCAAAUAAUAGAGGAGGAUUUAGAAGAAGAACACAUCAAGCGAGGGAAAAGAAAAAGGAUCUCUUCUGUGAUGUAUGACAGCGAUGAGAGUGAUGACAGUGAUAUCCUGGUUAGAAAAGUAGGUGUGAAGCGUCCACGUCGAGUGGUUGAAGAUGAAUGCUCUUCAGUGGAAAUGGAGCAAAAUAACCCUGAGAAAACAUUAGCUGCACGAAAGCGAGAACAGCUCCAGAAGCUGAAAGAACUCUCAAAACAAAGAUCUCGUCAGAGACGCAAUAGUGGUAGAGAUUUUGAGGACUCUGAAAAGGAAUCUUGCCCAAGUGGUGAUGAUGAAGAGGACGAUGAUUAUGAAUAUGAUGAAGAUGGAGAUGAUUAUAUUAUUGAUGACUUUGUAGUGCAAGAUGAGGAAGGUGAUGGAGAGAAUAAAAACCAACAAGGAGAAAAGUUAACUACAUCACAACUGAAAUUAGUAAAACAGAAUUCCCUUUAUUCUUUUAGUGACCACUAUACUCACUUUGAAAGAGUUGUGAAGGCUCUUCUGAUCAAUGCUUUAGAUGAAUCUUUUCUGGGAACAUUGUAUGAUGGCACUAGGCAAAAAUCAUAUGCCCAAGAUAUGUUGACAUCUCUUCAUUAUUUGGAUAACCGCUUUGUUCAGCCUCGUCUAGAGAGUUUAGCUUCUAGAAGUCGUUGGAAAGAGCAAUAUAAGGAACGGGUAGAAAAUUAUUCUAAUGUAAGUAUCCGUUGGAAGAAUCCUGAAAACUGUUCCUGCCAGGCUUGUGGAUUGCAUCGCUACUGUAGAUAUUCAGUGCAUUUAUCAGGAAAGUUGUAUAACACCAGAACCAUGGAAACAGAUGAUUUCAUGUCACAUGAUAAACAGGUAUUUACUGUUGGCAGAAUUUGUGCUGAUCGUACCAGAAUUUAUCAUAAACUGAAGCAUUUUAAAUUCAAACUGUACCAGGAAUGUUGCUCAAUUGCAAAGACAGAAGAAGUUGAGGAUGAACAGGUUAAAGAAACAGUGGAACGAAUUUUCAUUCAGUCAAAAGAAAGUGGCUGGAUUAAGGAGAAAUACGGUCAACUUGAAGAAUAUCUCAAUUUUGCGGAUUACUUUCAAGAUGAGAAGUUUGACUGAAUUGUAACACAUUUCCUUCAGAGAAGAUUUUAUAAAUUAUUGUAAAUGUGAGGAUCAUGAAUCUUGUUUCUCUAUAUCAUGUGAUGAAUUUAUAAAUUUUAUGUACAUCUUCAUGGCAAAAUACCUUGUUCAAAACAUAUGUUCAUCUUAUGUUUGACAUAAGACAUGGCACUCUACAGUCUAAUAAAACUUUUACCUGAUGUACAUAGGUAAAUGGCUUAAUAAUUUUUAAGUCUGUAAAUGAAUUUUAAAGUUACAUAACAAUACCUUUAUAACACAUGACAAGUGAGUGAGCUGUUCAUGUCCUUUCAUUGUAGUGGAAAUAUAUUGUAUUUUUAAAAUGUAUUUAGAUUAACAUAGAUGUGUAUUUUUUGCUGCAUCACUUUCCAGGUGUUUGUGAUUAUUAUUUUUUGCAGUAUUACAUGAUAUUCACUGAUAUAUUUUUAAAUAUGUUAAACUAUAUCAGUGGGCCAUGGAAGAAGCCUCAAGCCCCUCAGGUCAAGCCCUUGCCUCAGAAUCAGAGAGUAGCUGAUAUGUGCCAAGUACAGAGCAUAUUUUUCCUUUUCUAAGGUUUCCUUUUCAAAUGGAUUUCAGGCCUCUAGAGUCUUUCAACCCUCACAUUCAAGAAUAAUCCCAUCAUUUGUAUUUUUAUGCCUUACAAUGUUUGUUGUUUUUUCUAUUCAAUGUUGUCUAGAUAUUAUGAUUAAGAUGUAUUUUAUUUAUUUUUAUCAAUAAAUUUUCCCAUUUAAGUAUGUAUGUUAGAAUCAGAAGAUCUCAGAGAGACAAAUUCAGCCAAAAACACUUUAAAAGCAUAUUUUUGGUAUUUGCGUUGCUUUGCACACUUCAGUUCUCCUAUAAAAUAAUAAAGUAAAGCAGUUGCAGAGUGAA